AUGGUUCUAGUCGUCCCUAUCGAGGGGCUAAAUGCUGUGGGUUGGACGCUUGCUUCGACUGCAAUCUGCCUCACCUUCGGUCGAUUCUACAUCCGAUGGCGAAGGAUAGGACGGCUGGAACUCGACGACAUCCUUAAUGGUUUAGCUCUCGUCGCUCUCUUAUGCUUCAUGGCAACAUACCAAGCAUACCUUCCGAUUCAGUACGCCUAUCAGCUAUUUGUGCUGGGCCUUGGCGGUCACGAUGCGGACGACGACCAAUUGCUUUAUAUCCAAAACCUGAACACUGCCAACAUCGUGUUUUUUUGGGUCACCAUUUACCUUGUCAAGGCUACUUUUUUGGCUCUGUAUUGGACUUUGUUCAACGUCUCGAAAAGAUUCCGAAUAGCUUGGAACUGUGUUGCGGCAUACACAUUGAUUUCGUUCCUAGCUACAUUCUUCGCCAUCUUCUGGGGCUGUGGAACUCCAAGUAGAAUAGCGAACGUUGAGGCCUGCAAUAGUACGAGCGCUGAGACAAUCUUAGCAUUUGAAGUUAUGUGGUGUGCACUUAACACGUUUGGAGAUGUUCUUAUAAUGCUUCUACCUCUUUUGAUGCUUCGAAAUAUCCAAAUAUCCAGAGGGAAGAAAAUUGGACUUGCCAGCAUUGCAGGCCUUGUCAUAAUUGACAUUCUCUUUGAUAUUUUGCGGACUGUUUACACCAUUGGUUCCUACGCGGCAAACUUUCCCAAUGCGAAUGCUGUGUGGGCUCUAUGCGAACCCACGAUUGCCGUCAUCGUCUGCGCACUUCCCACGUAUCGUACUCUACUGUCCAGAAAUAAGCCAGAACAAUCCACGUCCUAUGAGAACCUUCGAGGAAUGAGUUCUUCUCGUAAGACAGAAUCACAGAAAUCACACACGGCUUCAAUUCCACAUGAGCUAGACGAUAUGAGCGCGAGUGUGUAUUCGAGUCGUGCUAUUUUGAAGCCGUCAAGCUUGCAGGCUGUUUGA